GAAACUUCAACAGUACAUUCAUAACAAUGAUCAGUUUAACUGCUAGUGUUUUUGUGUAGCUAUAGAAAAACAGAAUCUUUUCUUUUUUCAUCAAAGAUUCCUCUCCUUGGACUGUUCAUAUUUGCAUCGAUUAAAUCCAGAACACAUAGCCGAAAUAGCUAAAGGAGUGACGAACAUGACAAGACAAGUGACAAGUACUGAUCCUACGUUCGAACAUGACAAGUGACAAGUACUGAUCCUGCGUUAUUGGAAGGAUUUAUAAAUUAUUGGAAUUGUAUAUUAAUUAAUCCUACGCCGGUUCGUAGUAUAUUUGCCUUCUCCUGAUUCAUAAUUUGACAGAGCAACAGAUCGUAGUAUGGAUAAGCAUUCAGAUACUAAUGAUCUCCCAAUGUCAUAUCAGACCGUGAAGCCUGAAAAUUCUGAUGAAGAUGAGGUGAAUGAUUCUCCAAUUGAGCAAGUCAGAUUAACGGUUCCAGUCACAGACGAUCCGACGCUACCGUGCCUGACUUUUCGCACAUGGUUUUUGGGGAUUGUUUCUUGUGCUGUUCUUGCAUUCCUAAACCAGUUCUUCGGUUACCGCCAAAAUGCGCUCUACGUAUCAUCAGUCUCGGCUCAAAUUGUGGUGCUUCCAAUUGGGGUUCUUAUGGCUGCAAAACUACCAAGAAAAUCGAUUCGGAUACCUGCAACGAGUUGGUCGUUUUCUCUGAAUCCAGGGCCCUUCAACUUGAAAGAGCACGUCCUAAUCACAAUAUUCGCAAAUUCAGGUUCAAGUGGCGUUUAUGCUGUGAACAUCAUUACCAUUGUCAAGGCUUUCUAUCGCCGGGGGAUCCAUAUUCUUGCAGCCUUUUUGUUAACACAAACUACUCAGAUGCUAGGAUAUGGAUGGGCAGGGAUCUUCCGGAAAUUUCUUGUUGAUUCACCAUACAUGUGGUGGCCUUCCAACUUGGUUCAAGUCUCCCUCUUCAGGGCAUUACAUGAAGUGGAGAAAAGGCCAAAGGGAGGCUUAACAAGGCUGCAGUUUUUCCUUAUAGUGCUUGCAUCAAGUUUUGCAUACUAUAUAGUUCCCAACUAUCUGUUUCCAUCUAUAACUGCCCUCUCCUUCGUUUGUUGGGUAUGGAAGGACUCAGUCACUGCCCAGCAGAUUGGUUCCGGUCUCCGUGGCCUCGGAGUAGGUUCGUUUGCCCUUGAUUGGUCAACUGUGGCUAGCUUUUUAGGAUCUCCCUUAGCCACCCCUGGCUUUGCUAUUGUCAACAUUAUGGUUGGUUUUUGCAUAACUCUGUACAUAUUAAUCCCAAUAGCUUACUGGACCAACGCUUAUCAAGCCAAGAGAUUUCCCAUUUUCUCGUCACAUGUCUUCGACGCUAAUGGGACACAAUAUGAUGUUUCAGUGGUCUUGAAUGAGACUACCUUUGCAUUUAAUCAGCAAGGAUACGAUGACUAUAGCAAAAUCAAUCUCAGUAUCUUCUUUGUGUACGCUUAUGGCUUAAGCUUUGCAACAUUGGCUGCAUCAUUGUCUCAUGUUGCUCUCUUCCAUGGAAGAGAGAUUUGGCAACAGACGAAGGCAACUCUUCGAGAUGAGUUCCGGGAUGUGCAUACCAGACUAAUGAAGAAAAACUAUGAGGCCGUCCCGGACUGGUGGUUUUACGUAAUCUUGAUAGUGGUUCUUGCACUUGCCAUUCUUGCUUGUGAAGGCUUUGGCCGACAAUUGCAGCUUCCAUACUGGGGUAUCCUCCUAGCAAUGGGGAUGGCCCUUCUCUUCACUCUCCCUAUUGGUGUCAUCACAGCUACCACAAAUCAGCAACCAGGACUAAAUGUCAUCACUGAACUGGUAAUUGGUUACCUAUAUCCGGGGAAACCACUUGCAAAUGUUGCAUUCAAGAUCUAUGGUUACACAAGCAUGACACAAGCCAUAAUGUUCCUCUCCGACUUUAAGUUGGGACACUACAUGAAAAUUCCUCCCAAGUCCAUGUUUGUUGUUCAGCUAGUGGGGACCAUAGUGGCAUCAUCUGUCUACUUCGGAACAGCAUGGUGGCUUCUGACAUCAGUAACCGACAUCUGCCAACCCUCGAAACUCCCGGUGGGAAGCCCGUGGACAUGCCCCGGCGACGACGUCUUCUACAACGCCUCCGUAAUCUGGGGCGUGGUGGGCCCACUCCGCAUGUUCGGCCGCCUUGGUCACUACCCCGCCAUGAACUACCUCUUCCUCAUCGGCUUCCUCGCUCCGCUCCCCUUCUACCUCCUCUCGCGGGCCUUUCCGCGCUACCGUUUCCUCAGACUCAUCCACGUCCCCAUCAUCCUCGGCGGCGCCGGCGGAAUGCCGCCUGCCAGGGCCGUCAACUACAUCUGCUGGGGCGCCGUUGGGCUCUUCUUCAACUUCGUGGUUUACCGGAGAUUUAAAGGGUGGUGGGCUAGGCACAACUACAUCUUGUCCGCCGGGCUUGACGCCGGAGUGGCUUUCAUGGCGAUUUUAUGCUAUUUUGCGUUGCAGAUAAGGGAUAUCAAUGGAAUGAGGUGGUGGGGUUUGGAUUUGGAUGAUCAUUGUCCUCUCGCCAGUUGCCCUACUGCGCCUGGCAUCAAGGUCGAAGGCUGCCCUGUUUUCAGCUGAUACAUAUAAAAUUUCUAUAAAUAUUAUUUUGUGUGUGUAUGUAGGAGAGAUUUCUAAGAGUUGAAAUGCAUAAAUGUAAAGGUUGUUAUUCAAAAAGAAGGCAAACAUUAGGCUAAGUUAAGUGAGAAGAACAACCAUAUGCGACGUGUAGUCGAAAAAUAUGGUGUGGUUGCAAACAUAGUGUAAUACUCCAUAUUUAAUUAAGUCUUAAGCUAAUAAUAAAUAAUUUAGUAAA